AUGGAAGAGGCGGCUACAAUAAUGAUCGUGGACGCGGCGGCAGACGCGGGGGUAGAGGAGGAAGCGUACCUAAUCACAGUCCUCAACAAAGUCCGAUAUAGUGUCAUCCAGUCGUGGCAGGAGAAGGGCAGAGAAGGUAUAGUGACAAAAGGUGUUGAAGCUCAAAGCGCUCAAGAUAUCGUUCUGCUUGCAGAGCUAUUCCAAGAGCUUAUACGAUCGUCUGUGGACUCUCGUCUUGAAUCGCAUGAAACUGGUACAGUAGUGAAUGAAAUUGCUAAACCAGCGUCGGCAGAUCAAGAUUCAGCUGAGAUGAUUCAAGAUGAAGAUUUGCUUGACGCAAGCUCUUUAUUCUUGGACACUUUGUCUGUGUUCGUGGAGGCCUCCAGUUUCUCAUCCUCAAUGCGUACGCUCUUACAUGCUUCUGGAAUACCUGCACCUAAGAUACGCCGAGAACUAGAUACGCCGCUGUUGGAGUCUUUGGGGUUGAUUCGCAGUACAUUUACAAAGAUGGGAAUAAGGCAGCAGACUAAUCGUCUUUACCGGCAAUCAAACUACAAUCUCCUGAGAGAGGAGACGGAAGGUUAUUCCAAAUUAAUCACAGAAUUUUUCACAACAAGCAACAAUGAGCCGCCCACUAGCGAGGUUGUGGAAGAUACAUUCGAGAGAGUGAAGGGCAUGAUUGGGGCCUUUGAUCUUGACGUUGGUCGAGUGCUCGACAUUACACUUGACGUAUUCGCAGCUGUCUUGGUGAAGCAAUAUCGAUUCUUCGUCAAAUAUCUCCGCGCUAGUUCGUGGUGGCCUUCCGAUGCGAUGGUUGAAGACUCAGAUGCACGGCAUGUCCUCGGACCAUUGCCUCGGUGGGCACUUCCAGGGUGUGAGGGUCGAGUCUUAAACGAGGAAGAACGGGAAGAGGCAACACGACUCAAAGAUGAGAGGGACAUAUUGUUUUGGCGAAGAUGCAAAGAGGUCGGUCUUGCGGCUUUUUUUGAACUUGGGGGUCGCUGCAAACAUCAGGAUGAUAUUCAAUCUGCCCAAGAUAAAAGCAAGGAUAACAUCGUGUCCGGCUUCGAUGCAGAUCAACAUUGGAUCGAAACAACAAGAACCUCGCCUCCAGUGGGCAACAAAGUCGCAGCACAGGUUCUUGGCUUCAAGCUCCGGUUUUACAACUCUAACGCACGAGACACUUCUGAUACGUUCGCUAUAAAUCUCAUAUAUCUAGCGUCUCUGCUCAUCAAGAUCGGCUUCAUCUCAUUAAAAGAUCUUUACCCACACAUAUGGCCUGAAGACCAGGCAAUGGAUAGCGUGCGGGAGGACAAAUUGAAGGAAAAGGCCGAAAAGGAAAAAGCCAACAGACCAGGAGGAGGCACCAAUGCGCUUUUGAUGGCCGCCCCGCUUCCUGACGACACAAUUGAAGCUUUGCCCCGUGAGGCGGCUCGACUCCGAGAAGCCGAAGCUGCAAGACGACAGCAAAAGUUGGAUUUAACUACAGGCCGGUCAACGCCAAGCGUGCAGCCAGAGGAAAAGACUGCAGAUUUGCCGGAACCAGCUGAGCAGAAGGUACAAUUACUAAAGAGUUUGCUCUGCAUAGGCGCUCUACCGGAAGCACUUUACAUGAUGGGUCGCUUUCCUUGGCUCCCAGACGCAUUUUCUGAGCUUCCUGAGUACAUACACAGAAUCUUACACCAUUGUUUGUCCAAAGUCUGGGAGCCCCUUAGGCCUCUAAAGGACGAAGGAACACUUAGAGCACAGCAACGAUUUCCCGACACAGAACAGGGUGGUGUCCCAAAGGGUCAAGUCAGACUAAUUGAGGCGCCUGCAAGAAGGACUCUGCGAUGGGCUCAGCUCGACAAAGACGAUACCACUGAAGCUGUUGACUACAGAUUCUACUGGGACGACUGGGCUGAUAUUAUACCUGUGUGUCAAAAUGUCGAUGACGUUUUUAUGCUCUGUUCCACGCUUCUAAAUUACAGUGGGGUUAAGAUUGGUCAAGAUCCAUCUCUCUUAUUAAAACUUGUUCGAAUUGGCAGCUACUCAUUGUCGGCUGACGCAUCGGAAGAGAAUUUCGCGAGGUGGACGGAUCUUUCCAAACGUCUCCUUUUACCGGCACUCUCCAUGACCAAAUGCAACCCCAGUAUUGCGAAUGAAAUGUUUGAGAUGCUCAAAUGUUUCCCAGAAUCCACUCGUUACAAUCUUUACGCCGAGUGGAACUUCGGGCAGAUUUCGAGAUUGCCCGAUGUCAAGGCCGCUUUUGAGCAGACUAAGGCAGAGACGCGAGAUAUUCUUAAGAGAAUCAGCAACACUACAGUCAGACCAAUGGCUCGCGCUCUUGCAAAAGUAGCUUACUCGUCGCCGGGCAUCGUAUUCUCGGUAGCCAUUGGACAACUCGAGGCGUACGAAAACAUUGUGGAUACUUUUGUUGAAUGUGGACGCUACUUUACCUUUCUUGCUUACGACGUCCUCACUUGGUCACUCAUGAACUCAUUGAGUGGACAAGGAAGGGAUAGUCUUCAGGCUGACGGCAUUUUAACAAGCAAAUGGUUGGCAGCAUUAUCCUUAUUCGCCGGCAAGGUCUUCAAGAAAUACUCCAUCAUGAAUCCGCUACCUGUAAUCCAAUAUGUGGAGCAUCAGCUCCGGCAGGGCAAUCCAACACAUCUCAUCGUUCUGGAGGAAGUCACCAGAUCAAUGGCUGGCAUUAUGUCUGACGUCAGCUUCACUGAGGCCCAAAUAAUUGCAUUGAAUUGCGGGAAAAUUCUCCGCGCUCAAAUGCUACAACAACUCCAGGAUGAGAGACAUAAAAAGGAAUUCGAAAAAUCGGCGAAGCGAAUCACGAAGCCGCUGGUUGACUCUCGGUUGGCCGGCAAGCUCUUGAUCUCCCUGGCCCAGGAACGACAGACCUGUAUUUUUCGAGUGGAGGAAAACAACGCCCAUCCGAAGCUUCUAGGGAAUGUCUUUGAUCAGAUCAAUCGAGUCUUUGGUCAAUACCUGGACUUCUUGAGAGCGUACCUCUCAGUAAAAGAGUUUGAUCAACACGUCCCCGAAGUCGGCGAGCUAGUGAAUGAAUUCGGCCUCGAGCCCGGCGUCGCAUUCUGGAUAUCCCGAGCUACCAUCAAUGCAAACAUCGACGAGUAUGAGGCUGCGCACCGCAAGAGUCUUUCUGCAACGAAGAAGCCCGAAGUCGAUGGUGUUUCCAAUUCCCAACCUGAUCUAACCCGGCAAAACUCAGACAUGGCUGUAGAUGUAAAAGAGGCCACCGUCAAAGAAAGCGAUUCGAUGGAAAUUACAACCACAAGCGCUGAAACGGCCGUAACCGACACGCAACAAGAACCUGCGCCGCAAGAUGCCAUGAUCGAAGCUGAUCCAACACGCUCAGAACCACCGCCAAGCUCUAAAGCUGAUCUAGCCCCACUAGCUUGCCAUCCCAAGCUUCAAUUGAUUGCAGAAAGUCUUCAAAAAGCUAUUCCGAUUGAGGUCUGGCAAGUUCUGAGCCCUGCAUUUUAUGUCACUUUUUGGCACUUAGCACUUGGCGAUAUCAUAAAUGCAGGUACAGCGUACACAGAUGAGUCGAAGAGGAUUCAAGAUCAAAUCAAAGCUAUUGGGGCUGAUCGUACUGACGUUAGUAUUGCGGGCACGAAAAGAAAGAAGGACGAACAGGAAACACUCACUGACCUCAAUACCGCUCUCACUGCCGAAAUGAAAGACUAUGUGUACCUAAAGCACCUACCUCGCCUACGAAAAGAGAAGAACCAUUGGUUCACCGGGCUCUGGGGUCGAUAUGACGACGUUCACGUCACGCUCAUAGAGCGAUGCUUCUUUCCAAGAUUGACUUUAUCUCCAACAGAUGCAUAUUUCACUUUUAGGAUGAUCAAAUGGCUCCAUAAAGAAGGUGCAGCAAGUUUCAAGACCAUGGGUGUCUACGACAAGUUUUUCGACAGAGGCCGACUUACGUCAAUGAUAUUUUUAUGCAGCGCCAAGGAGGCAGAAUGUCUUGGCCGAUUCAUCAACGAUGUCCUUCGAGACCUUGGGUCAUGGCACAAGAGUAGAAGUACGUAUGAGAAAGAAGCCUUUGGGCCAAAGAAAACGUUACUGGGCUUCUCGAAAGUCAGACGGGAUGAACAGGGAAAAGAAGUGCCUGACUUCGUUGAUUACGAAGAUUUCAGACGGCUUCUCAUGAAAUGGCAUCGUCUUCUUAACGCAGCUUUGAAAGCAUGCUACGCCAGCGGCGAAUACAUGCACAUCCGAAAUGCGAUUACCAUUCUAAACAUUGUCUUCGCCCAAUUUCCCGUGGUGGAUUGGAUGGGAAAGAACCAACGGGAAGGACUAGCGGCCCUACUGAAGUCUGAGCCACGUGAAGACUUGAAGAUUGCUAUGACCUCGGUAUUAGGGCUGCUCAGGAAAGGCGAGAAACGCGAGGUAAUGCCUCAAGCUUUUUGCCUAGCACCAGAUAAUGGCAAAGCGGGUGGCAGUGGGGUUCGUGCAAAUUCAGUGCGACCAAACACUCCUCAACCCAAUAAUGGGGGUUCUAAGACACUGAACCCUUCUGCUCCAGCAUUUAGACCGAGCCCCCAACCAGUGACCAAUGGUGACCCAACGAGCUCGAAGCCUAUGCCUGGAAAAGUAGACGCUGAAGACGGAGAAAUUGAUGAUGCGCAGGUGAAAAAUGCAUCCGAGAAGGUCGAAACGAACACAUCGCAAUUAGACAAACCCGACAAUACGACUCAACAGCAAGCGCAACCCGCGCCUAAGAGAUUGCCUGACAGUCUGCCAAAGGCAGAUCCACCUCAAAAUCCAUCAAUUACGUCGAGGUCUGGUUCCGUGAAUUCUGCAUCCAAUGUCAAGGCACCCGAAGUUGCUCAACUUAGCAAGCCACCUUCAAUCCCAGAUCGCCCAGAACCACGUAGACCCACUUCAUCUACGCCUCUGAAUGGACAUGCUGAUCUUCCGAGCAAACCAGAUCCAUCUCAAUAUCGACAUGGAGAUUCACGUGUGCCUCAAAAGGUUGACGAACGACCACCUUUACAUGCUCGUGACACUCGUAUAGGGGGACGUGCGGGUUUAGAAGGUGCCAAAGAUCUUCCAAACGCACGAGCCCCAGAGCGGCCUCAGUUGUUGCAGCCUCCUCGGGAUGUAGCUCAGGGCAAUAAUAGGAUUGGACGCUCAGGUCCUGACGAUGGAUAUGGGCGAUAUCCACCACGAGACACUAGAGCACCCUUGUCUGACGAUCGUUCUUCGCGUCUACAAAACAGUCGAUCAUUCCCUGAGUCUGAACACGGAGGUCGCGAUUUCAAUCCUGGACAGCGUGGUAGAGAGUCAGCGGCAAUUCCGCCGACUGGCAACAUACCGGCACAUCCCGACCGAGAGGCUUUAAUCCAUGGGCCAUCAGAUUCGGAGCGAGAAAGACAUCCUCGCUAUCCUUCAGAACGGCAAAAUCACUCAGGGCCAGAAAGACGCUCUCGCCAUUCUUCGCCACUUCGAAGUGACGGGCGCGGCCCUAUCAAUGACAGUAAUCGUCAAUCAUCCGACUCUCGAUAUCAGUAUGAAGAUCGUCCAGCAUACGGUCAUUAUGAAGAGCCAUCGGCGCCUACCGGACCGAGGAGUGGACGUGGUCCUAUGGGCCCUCCGAGUACCUCCAGUGACCGUUUCCGUGAUACAAUGCGCCCACAGCCAACGCCAGGAUCUCUGGCUGACCCCAAUGUUGGUCGACUUCGGCAUGACGCACAAAACAAUAGGCAGUCGGAGUCUUAUGGUCGUCUGAAUGCCGAGAGUGAUGUGCCAUCAGGCCCCAAACUCUCUAGCGGAAGUGCUCAACCUACAUCACGAAAUGGGCGUAACGUCAGCGCUCCCCAGUUAUCGACUUCUGCGCCGCAUGUUGGAGGCACUAGCCAGCCUCCUCUAUCGCUACAAACAGCCCGACAAGCUCCAAAUGGACCUGCUUCAAGCGGACCAGCUCUACGAUCUUCUCCAAGAAAUCAGUCCCACGGGCAAAGCAGUAAUGCGUCUGGGCAAGGAGAGAAUCAGACCUCCGAAAUUGCCGGCAUACAUCCAGACCGCUUGAAAGCCAUACAAGGCGUUGGACCUCAAGCAACCAGACCAGCCCCAGUGGGACGAGGUGGCGGUCAAGCGCCUCCAUCGCCGUCCUCGACUCUACCGACCGAGACUCCCCGUGGGCCCAAUAACCAAAGCAACGCUGGGCCUCCUCCCGCGAGAAAUGCGGGCCCGCCAACAGGCCCUGCAGAUCGAAGAAGCGACAAGCGGUUCACAGGACUUCAAAGUGUGCUGCAACAAUCAAACGGGCAACCGCUUGCUGAACGGGUGACCCAAGGAACAAAUAUCCGUGGUAGAGGUGGACGUGUCAAUACCGCAGCCUCUCCGUCCACGUCUGGUCCACCUACGCCAAUCAAUCAGUCUUAUUCGCAGAGAGACGAGCCGUUUGAAUCACGUGCGAAUGGGUCCUUUCGAGGACCAAUGCAAGGGGAUGACUCAAGCUAUGGACGCAACACACGACAUGAGCCAGCUGGUGACGAGAGACGAUCAGCGCGUCAUCGUAGUCGCUCCCCAGGCAAUAAGUCCUUCGACUACGGGUCUCGGCAAGGGCAAAGUGGCCUGCCGCCACGCGGCGAUGCAAGAGAACGCUUUGGGACCGACGGGCCAUCCAUGAAUAUACGGGGAAACGCAGAGGCGGAUUUCAGGAGCGGGCCGCCUUUAGCCGCGGAGCGCGACCAUCGAGGGUCGAGGCGUGGAGGUCGUGAAGAUCAGUCAGACCGUAGAGACGGCCAGGAUUGGAGAGCUGGUCCCGGUCCUGGGCCUGGAAGACGCGGGGACGAACGAGAGGGCAGAGAUGGAGGGGGCAGUUUGCGCAAAAGAGGCAGAGCGGAUGAAGGCUUUGUGGAUCGAAAUAUGGAUUCUAAAAGACCGAGAAGGUGA